CCUCACGCGCAGCAGUUUACUUUCUCUCCGCCAGAUGGCUCAGAGUCUCUUUACCUCCGUCGGCGACACACAAGAUGCCUCGUCGUAAGACUGAGAAGCGCCAGUCGGCCAUCGACAAGGUGGUAACCAGGGAAUACACCAUCAACCUCCAUGCUCGUCUACAUGGAGUCAGUUUCAAGAGGAAAGCCACCCGUGCUAUCAAGGAGAUCCGCAAGUUUGCCAAGCAGCAGAUGAACACGGAUGAUGUGCGCAUUGACUUGAGGCUUAACAAGUUUAUCUGGAGCCGUGGUAUCAGGUGAGCAUUUAAUCUUAUUUGUAC